ACACUACCCGGCGGUGGGUGUGUCGCUUCCUGUGGGCGCAGCGGGGCAACCGCCCGGCUGAUACAGGCAGGAGGGACCCCAGGCCUGGGUGGUGAGGGCUGGAGGGGCAAUGUCCUAAGGGUCUGCGCGGCCCCCCAGGAGUCGCCCCGGGAGGGGUCAUCGCUCUGCCCGCACAACUCUCCCCGGAAAGUGCGCCCAACGGCCCCCCGGGCCCGUGCGCCAGGCUCCGCGGCCGCCGGAUCCCCAGGGCGCGGGGUCCGGUGGAGGAGGGUCCGAGGACCGGGGUUGGAACCGGGUCCAGCCCCACCUCGCCCUCCGCAGGCCCCUCCCUACCCGCUUCUAACCAGCCCGCCCAGCCUCCGGCCGGCCGCGCCUCCCAGUCCUUCCCCAAAACGUGGGGCCCCCGCGGAUGUGUCACCCCUCCCGCCAGGACGCCGGCCCAGGUUGUGCAACCCGCGCUACGCGACCUUUCUCCGCUAACUCCGUCUCCUCCAGUGUUCGAAGCGCAACUCCCGCCGCUCCGAAGUCCGUUUUCCCAGUCCUCGUCUCUGUAUCCACACCCUCUUCCCUCGAUUUUGCUCGGCUUGUCUCGAGGCAGAGGCAGCUCUGCGCUCCGACGCGCCUUCGCUGCAUCCGGCAGGAGCGGGGAGCCCUGGGCCUCACGUACCUGCGCGGACUGCUGGUGAGGGUUGCAGGGCGCCUGGCCGGCUCUGGACAUUCUUCUGACUGGUUGGUGCUGAGGGAAUCGGGAGUCAACAUCGUCAGCCUUCCGGGCUCUGCAUGCUGGCGGUCAGCAGUUGACUUCUUCCUCCUGGUGGGGGUUUUAGCGUCUGCAGAACAUCUCAAGGAUACAGCUCAGGGUGUUACCGACAGCCCUCAAGGAGGAACUAAAGGUCCUUGACUUUGUUUUACGGUUAAACUAUUAUUAUUAUUUUGUCUUGCUCCACUGUUCUCCUUUGUUUCUGCAUUUUCUCCCGUCUCUGAUUAAAUUUGUUCUUUGGAACUCGAGGAAGACCUAGGCGGCUAAGGCUUGUCUACAAACAAAGGCAGGGAUACAGGUUGGGGAGGGGGGGGGGUCUGUCCCUGGGAAGGUCCCUCAGGGACCUUCUUGGCUUCAUGUUUUGUUAUAUUCAUUCAUUUAUUUUUUUAGAUUCCACAUAGAAGUGAUAUCAUGUGACAUUCGUCUUUCUCUGUCUGACUUACUUGGUAUGAUAAUCUCUAAGUCCAACCUUGCUGCUGCAAAUGGCAUUGUUUCAUUCUGUUUUCAUGGCUGAGUAGUAUUCCAUUGUAUAAAUAUACCACAUUGUCUUUAUCCAGUCAUCUGUUGAUGGACACUUAGGUUGCUUCCAUGUCUUGGCUAUUGUAAAUAGUGCUGCUGUGAACACUGGGGUGCAUGUGUCUUUUUGAAUUAGUGUUUUCAUUUUCUUGGGGUAAACACCCAGGAGUGGGAUUGCUGGAUCGUAUGGUAACUCUAUUUUUAAUUUUUUGAGGAACCUCCAUGCUGCUUUCCACAGAGGCUGCGCCAAUUUACAUUCCCACCAACAGUUCAUGAGGGCUCCCUUUUCUUCACACCCUCUACAAUGCUUGUUAUCUGUCAUUUUGAUGAUGGCUAUUCUGACAGGUGUGGGGCGAUCCAUCACUGUGGUUUGGAUUUGCAUUUCUGAAUAUCAGGUUUGAGGAAGACGACAAAGUUCUCUCUGCUCCGAGUCACUGUCACCACCCCCGUUCUUGGCCUCUUGGGUCAAGAACUUCCUUCAGUCCCAGAACCUCCUCCCCUGGGUCUCACGGCCCUUGUGGCCUCUCUUCCUCCUCUGCUCAGCCUUGAUUCCAGGCUGGUCACGUGGCUGUUCACUGGCUGUGAGCCAGACAGACCAUCUUCACCGACCUGGUUGAAGGCCGUUACUCUGGCACUUGGAGUCACCCAAGGUCAGGGCUGACCUGGUGCUCAGUUCCCGGAGCACAGGAAUCUGCCCAAAGGUGUCCCAGCAGCACCAGAGUGAGAACCGUGAGGGAGGUCCUGGCUGUGGCCCCUCCGUCCUUCCUCAACCCCCUCCUCCCUCUCCCCUUCCUUUUCCUUUUUCCUUUUUCAGUUUGGAGCCAGAAAACAAGGUGUGGAAAGGACGUGUGAGAUCAAGGUUCCGGUGGACGUGCUCAGACCUGGUACCUGGCGCAUCCUGCCCAGACUUCUGAUGCACAGAGUCCCUGGAAAUAAAUGUCAUUGCUGUUUUGUGUCACUAAGUUUUGAAACGGUUUGGUCUGCAGCAGUGGAUAACCAAAGGUACAUUGUCUACUGAAUUAAACACUAAGUGUGCAGCUGUAGUAAUUAAUUCUGCCUCCAGCUUCCCUUCCUGUGGUAACAUCUACCCUUCACCGUCCCGAGCUCUUCCCGCAGCCCUUCCCAGCACCUCCAGCAGCGUGCGCAGUGGAGCGAUGUUGUGUGUGUCGAGCAUGUUCUUAGCAUUGUGUUUCUUAUUCGCAUGUUUGACAAGCGUUGAUUGAGAUCCACGUCAGGCCAGACUCUGAGGGUUUAGAGCUGAGUGUCUGCCUUCUAUUUUCUCCAUUUUUCAAACCAGAAUUUACAUAAUCAUUCCUUGGAAAUCGCUCUUUGACUUGAACAGAUUGAUCCAGGUGUCCUUUUCUUGCGUAUUUGUACAUUUUAGCUCCAAAGAACUUAUGGUACCUUACAAUAUGACCUAUGGUAUCAAACCAUGAAAAUAAAAUUAAAAUGGAAAGUAUCAGGACAGAAAAAUAAGUACACAAUGAACUGAGUUUAAUGGCAUUGCCUCAAGUGAGCGAGCAGCUCUGGGACCCCGGCGGAAGGAGGCCGCGGGCGGGUCAUUUUCAUGGCUCGGUGAAAGCAGGCAGGUCACCGCUCCAGCACAGAAGCAGAUUCUGACUCCCCUGCUGGGGGGUGGGGGGGACAGGGGACCAGAGGUGAGCAGCGGAGACAGCAUGGGUGGACAGCAGGGCUUGCAAGGACCUGGGCCGUGGGAAGAGCAGAGCGUGCUGGGGCUGGGAGGGCGGCAGGAGGCUGGUGGGAAGGGCUGUGGCCGGAGGGUGCGGGGACAAAAGGGCUGACCGAUGGGGCAGGCCCUGGGCUGGAGAUUUGGACUCGGGAGAAUGACGAGUUUCCUGGCCAGCGGUUCCAGGGUUCAGUUUAAAUGAGACGAGCGUGUAGGAGAGGGGGUUGGAGGUUGAAGAGAGUGGGUGGGCACUGGACUCUCCUGGUAGAACCUGCCGAAAUGGAAGCCUGUUCCAGAUUCAGACCACUGGGGCGUCUGGAUCCAGAGAGACAGAGGGAAACGUCAGAUGGCGACAGAAGGCCAGCGGGGCCUGCUCAGCCUCCAGAGGCUCCUGGCCCGCACACAGCCUCCCCUCUGAACCACGGAGUCCUGGCGCGGAGGCCCCCCCUCCACCUGCUUUUCCGAGCGUGGCGAUUGGCAGAGACGGCCCAGACAGACAGGCGGCCUGGCCAAUGGGGCGGCUGGCGGGGCGGGUCCGCGGACAGCGGUUGGGGAGGAAGGCUGGUCCGCACCCCCGUCCCUGAGCGUCUGAGGAGAUGGCCGCGGCGGCGGUGGCUGGGCUGAUCCCGGUGCUGCACUCGGUGGCCGGCGACAAGUCCAGCUACUACGUUGGGCGGCAGCUGUGGUUCGGCUUCAUCGCGGUGUACGGAGUGGUGGUGUACGUGGUCCGCAUGCCCUGGGCCGACCUCCACCAGGACUUCUGGUGCCACGGCAGCAUCACCUACCCCUGCCUGAUUGAGUGCUUCGAGAGCAGCUUCAGCAGCCCCGUGGUGGGCCUCUGGUACUUCUUCUUCUUCCUCUUCCUGGCCUUCUUCUUCCUCAUGGAAUUCUUCAUGGCUCAGGUCCGGCACAAGCAGAUCAAGGCCAAGCUGGUGGAGUCGGAGGCGGCGGACGUGGAGGAGGGCUCCAUGGUGGGGGUCCAGGAGCAGGUGCCCUCCCCCAAGAAGGCGGCCCCCAACUUCCACCAGGAGAAGGCGCUCCUGCUGCUGUAUCUCCUGCACUUCCUCCUGCAGGUCGGCUCCCAGGGCGUGUUCCUGUUCCUCCUCCACUACCGCCACCUGCCCCUGGUGAGCCAGGCCACCAUCCGCUGCAGCACUGGCAGCUGCCCGGGGCCCUACUUCUGCCUGGUCCGCGGCUCCAUCGAGAAGCGGAUGUCCAUCUACACCCUGGUCACCCUGUCCUUCAUGAUCAUCCUCUUCUGCUCUGGCUUCUUCAUGUACAGCGUCCACCACUACCUGCUGAAGGGCCUCCGAGUGCCAAGUAUUGGCCUAACUGACGGUGGGCAGCUCAGGUCCCUGAACUCUGUCUGCCAGUCCCCGCCUUCCUCCUUCACAGAAUAAACCCUUGUUCUCACUUUCUCUGGCCACA